GUGACUGAUCACAUGAUCGUUUCACCCCCAAAAGGUCCUUUAAUCCCUUUAGCUGUACAUUCUGGUGCCUGACUCCUCCCACCCAUGUGACUGAUCACAUGACUGUGACAUCACCAAAGGUCCUUAAACACCUGGAAUCUUCUGUAUUCUAAGAGCAGGUUCCCGCUUCUCCUGGGCAUCUGAAAUCUCUAUAUCAGGACCGUCCUGGACGGGUGCGGGUCAAGGCAGCUACCGAAAUAUUUUACUUGCUACCUGUCAGGAUAGGUGUUCUGCUCUUACCUCCACCUCCUCAGGCCAUGGUCCUCUUCACCAAUGACCCAACAAGGAUGGAGAAGGCCAGAAAGCACAUGGCUGCCAGGAUAUUACACCUCACCCUAGAGAUAAUCCACCUGAUAACCGGAGAGGAUUACACAGUAGUGAAGAAGUGGUCUGGUGAGUGUGUGACCCCCCAUGUGUCAGGAGGAUCGGGCACCACCCAGAGCCCCACCCCCGAGGAGCCUCCACCUCAUUCACUGAUACAUGAGCAGAAGAUCCUAGAACUGACCACCAGGAUGACUGAGCUGCUGACUGGAGAGGUUCCUAUAAGGUGUCAGGACGUCACUGUCUAUUUCUCCAUGGAGGAGUGGGAGUAUAUAGAAGGACACAAGGAUCUGUACCAGGACAUAGUCAUGAUGGGGGAUCACCGGCCCCCAACAUCACAAGAUGGAUAUACAGGAGGUGAUGUAUUCAUUCCCUGUGUGUUCCCUAGAGAUGAAUAUACAGGAGGUGAUGUAUUCAUUCCCUGUGUGUUCCCUACAGAUGGAUAUACAGAAGGUGAUGUAUUCAUUCCCUGUGUGUUCCCUACAGAUGGAUAUACAGAAGGUGAUAUAUUCAUUCUCUGUGUGUUCCCUACAGAUGAAGUAAUGGAUAGAAAUCCACCCGAGAGGUGUCCCCGUCCUCUGUAUUCCCAGGACUGUCCAGAGGGAAAUGUCCCAGAGAAGCAUCAGGGGGGAGAUCUGACUAAUAAUAAAGUGGAGGAAGAAGAAGAGAGGAUGAGCGGCCAUCACCCGUGUAUGAGAGAAGUGAAGGAGGAAAUUCCAGGAGGUGUUACCCCAGAAAAUCCCAAUAAGGACACCAAUGGGAACUUUGUAUCAUCACUAAAUUGUGAAAUAAAAGAUGAAGACAUCAUGCAGCACUCCCCAGGAGAUGACUUCCUUUCCCUUACUGUGCAUCCGGGACCUCACAGUACAGAUCUAUCAUAUAAUGCCCCUAAUCAUGGGGAACCUUCUCCUGACCCAUCACAGGUUGUUACCACAAGGACAGAUCAGAGAGAAGGGAAAAGGUUUCAUUGUGGUGAAUGUAAAAAAGAGUUUACAAAAAAUUCAUAUCUUAUAACCCACAGAAGAAGUCACACAGAGGAGAAGUAUUCAUGUUCACUAUGUGGGAAAUGUUUUACAGAUACAUCAGAGCUUCUUGUGCAUGAGAGAAUGCACAUAGGAGAGAAUCCAUAUUCAUGUGGAGAACGUUUCACCCAGAAAGCAGAUCCUGCUAUACAUAUACUCACUCAGGAUACUCACUCAGUAGAAAGGCCAUAUCCAUGCCCUGAACCAAAUCUUGUUAAACAUGAGAAAAGUCACACGAGAAAGAUGUCAUAUUCAUGUUUAGAAUGUGGGAAAUGUUUUAUAAGCGAGACAAGUCUUACUAAACAUGUGAGGAUUCACACAGGGGAAAGGCCAUAUUCGUGUUCAGAAUGUGGAAAAUGUUAUACAUCAAAACCGCAUCUUGUUAGACAUCAGAGAAUUCACACAGGAGAAAAGCCAUUUUCAUGUUCAGAAUGUGACAAAUGUUUUACAACUAAAACAAAUUUGGUUAAACAUAAGAGACAUCACACAGGAGAGAAGCCAUAUUCAUGUUCAGAGUGUGGUAAAUGUUUUAUAUCAAAAGACUAUCUUGUUAUACAUGAGAGAAAUCACACAGGAGAGAAGCCAUAUUCAUGUUCAGAAUGUGGGAAAUGUUUUAUAUCAAAACAACAUCUUGUUAGACAUGAGAGAAAUCACACAAGAAAGAAGCCAUAUUCAUUUUCAGAAUGUGGAGAACAUUUCACCCAGAAAGAAGAUCUUGCUAUACAUCAGGAAACUCACUCAGUAGAAAGGCUGUAUCGAUGUACUGAAUGUGGGAAAUGUUUUACAACAAAACAAUAUCUUGUUAAACACGAGAAAAGUCACAGAAGAAAGGUGCCAUAUUCAUGUUUAGAAUGUGGGAAAUGUUUUACAGGCGAGGCAAGUCUUAUUAGACAUGUGAGGCUUCACACAGGAGAGAAGCCAUAUUCCUGUUCAGAAUGUGGAAAAUGUUAUACAUCAAAACCGCAUCUUGUUAGACAUCAGAGAAUUCACACAGGAGAGAAGCCAUUUCCAUGUACAGAAUGUGGGAAAUGCUUUACAACGAAAACAAAUCUAGUUAAACAUAAGAGACAUCACACAGGAGAGAAGCCGUAUUCAUGUUCAGAAUGUGGGAAAUGUUUUAUAUCGAAAGAAUAUGUGGUUAGACAUCAGAGAAAUCACACAGGAGAGAAGCCGUAUUCGUGUUCGGAAUGUGGGAAAUGUUUUACAAUGAAAUCCUGCCUUCUUACGCAUCUCAAAAUACACAUAGAAGAGAAGCAUAUCUCAUAG